CUUUGACCCGUAGUAUUGGAGCGUAGGGGUUUCCUACCCCUCUAGCCAGUGUAACAAGGCGCGAUCGAACGACGCAACGUGUCGCGUCUCCCACAAAAAUAAACACGAAAAAAAAUGUAGACGAAAAUUAAUUUAAGUAUAAAAAUCACGCGACGUCGUAUCACGCACGCGAACUACGGAUUUAAAAAAAUAUUGAGUGUUCUUUGAAUUUUUUUUUCUGACAACGUUGAAAGUUAUUUAGUUUUUUUUGUGUGCCGUGUUGUGACCUGUGUAAAUAUAGUUGGAGGUACAAUUUGACUUGGCUUACCUCGUCUAAGGCUUUCAAAGUAUAAUUACAGAUAAUUCAAAACCGACAACAUGAACGAGACACACCGCAGUACAGUGCUGAUACAGAAACUGAACAAUGUCAUAGACUCCACAUAAAACAAUGUCACUAAGCAACCAUCUCAUGUCCAAGUAUCGAAAACCGAUGCAAUGUCAAACGGUGCAGAGGAACAUGAAGAAACCGACCAAAUUCAAAAUGAACAGGAUCUCAAUAAAUUUUCUUAUGACGAUAGCCAUCUUAGCUUUGUUGCCUUAUAGCUCGACAUUGAGUUUGCCGAACGGUGACCCUGCUCCGGGGAGGUCGCCAGGUCCACCCGAGGUUGAGGACAAAGAGGUGUCAACGGAUGAUAAGGUUAUAGAGGUUGGAGAAGUGUACGAUGAAACAACGACUAGUGAAGAAGUGGAAGUUACGACCGUGAGUGAAGUAGUGAGUGAAAGAACGGUGGAUAUCAGUGAUGCUUGUGCCUUCGCGAGGAUCCCGAGUGACAGUGACGAUAUUGUCACGCUCAGUGAAGAUGAUAGUGAUGUUAAUCUGACGCUUAGCCAUCCAGUGUUCGAGACAGACGAGCUGGUUCGAGGAGUUGUUUAUGAUGUUCACCUUCAGUUUGAGGAGCUGACGCUACGCGACUACGUCCUGCACUCGAUAGUGAACAACUUUAUCAUAGGGAACUUCACCCCUACUACCUUCGCCGAGCGGCCGUGCAGGGAUGACUCUCUUCCAUACUUCUUACCGAAACACAGGCGUUCCGAGCGCUCGAAACAUAUGAAAAAGACCAAAAGAUACGGGGAUACCUACAGGACAUUCGGAGACUAUAGUUUAAAAAGUGUAGAUAGCCUUAGUGAUGGGUAUUACUUCAGACCAAAGUAUCGUAGUUAUAGUAGAGAUGAGAGGUCGGUGUACAGAAGGAUUGCGAAGAGUUUGCGUAUGAGAAGACGGUAUCUGCCGGCGAAGGUGGUGAGUGGACCGCUGGCCAGCAGGACGUCGGUGCUGCUGCAGUGGUCGCUCAACGACGCCGUGCAUUUAGAUAGUGAGGGGACUAGUGUUGUUUUUAGGUUACGAUAUAGGAAGACGACGAGUGCCACCAUAUACCAAGUGUUCUUUACUAAAAAUUUAAGAUUAGAUUGUGCGAUACGCCUAAGAAAUGUCCGCGCGGGCCGCGUGCACUCGGGGCACGUGCCGCGCACGCACGGCUGCCGCGUGCUGGUGCCGGCGCCGGGCCCGCGCAGCGCCGUCCUCAUCGAGCUCCACAAGCUCAACGUGCCCUGCUCCACUGGGUUCAUCCGGUUCGCGCCCAACACCCCCACCCUGUGCGGCAAAUUGGACCAAAUACCGCUCCCCAACAGAAAGUUCCUCUACACCUCAUCGUUCAAGAACCCCGCCAUAGAACUACACGGCCGGCCCACGUUCGCCGCGGUAUACCGUCUAGUAGACCAUUGCCAUGAUGUUCUACUUACGGGAAGAAACGGCUCGUUCGAAGUCGGCCCAACUGUCAAACUGUCAUGCUCGUAUGAGAUCCACUUGCCGUACGGCAACCGUGUCGCUCUGCGGCUACAAAUGGGCACAGGACCAAUGGAUGCGAAAGAAAACGACGUGUCCAAUAUUAUACACGAAGACGUGCAGGCGUUGUGUAGAGGGAUGGAGUUGAGUUUAGAAGACGGAGACUCUAAGUGGAAGCAUUGUUCCCAGCCUGGUGACCCUUUGAGGAGUGUUCAGAUUGUGUCUGAAGCAAACUCCGUGCGUUUGAAUAUUAGUAUAACUGCUAAGAAGAAUACGUCCGCCAUGUGGUUAAAAGUGUGGUGGAUGGACAAAGCCAUAGAGAACAUCGUGGGGCACUGUGACUAUGGGUGGGUGCUGUCUGGGGAUUUUUGCAUAUCAGCAGUGCGAGAGGCAAAGAAGGCAUGGAGACAAGCGGAGGCGGAGUGUGUGAGGCUGGGAGGGCACCUCGCCAGUGUGCUGAAUGAGAGGCAACAGCAGAUUAUGGACCAACUACUUAUACAUGCUCCCGGUGCCGGAGUAGACGACGUGUACUGGAUCGGUGCGACUGAUGCCGUCCAUGAAGGCGAAUUCCGAUGGUCGGAUGGACUGCCCUUCUCUUAUGCGCACUGGUUUCCUGGCUGGAGGAAGCACAGCGGCCAGCCCAAUGAUGACGGCACAUCAGGCCAGGACUGCGUGGAGGCCCGCCGGGAGUUCCCUCCGCGCCCGCCGCCGGCAGCCACCACCUUCAUGUGGAACGACAGAGGCUGCAGGGAACACAACUACUUCGUCUGCGAGAAACCCAGUGUUGAAGAUCCCUACAUAGCAUCAAAGAUCCUGUGCAACGAGACGAUAGUGCUGUCUCAUGCGCACCCGCACGCUAUAGUCUCGAGCCCCGGCUUCCCUCGCCCGUACCCUGAUGAUGUUGAGUGUGUGAGUGAGAUCCGAGCGCCGCCUGCGCACACCCUGAGACUGCACUUCGAAGAGCUGCUGACGGAACAUGAGCCGCAUUGCAGCUAUGACUACCUAGAAAUCACUGAGGAGGGUGUGGACAACAGCAGUGAACAUGCGCAGGAGUGGCAGUUACAUGACCAUCAUGAAGGAUUCAGCUCUGAUACGGAGAUAUGGGAAGAUACAGAGACUCAGCUGCCAGAAUCCGACGCAAUCAGCGCAGGUUGGAUGCGGGAUGCGCACGCGACUCGCGCAAGACGUCUGUGCGGUGAUUGGAGCGGGAAGCUCAAGUUACUGCGCUACCAAUCACGGGGCAACGUGCUGCGCCUGCGCUUCAGAUCCGACCACUCGCGACACUACGCCGGGUUCCGAGCUAAAGUCACCGUCACUGAUUCACAAUCUUGUAUGGACUCGAAGCAAGUUCUGUUCAACGGACACUGCUACCUGUUCUCCGGUUACCCGAAAGCAUCCUGGGCGACUUCAAAACAGGUAUGUGAGGGUCUGAACAUGCAUCUGUCAUCCGUCCAUUCAGCAGACGAAGAACGGUUCAUAGUGUCAGGUAUCCGACAAAGCAGCGAUUACAGCGCUGGAUCCAUCUACUGGCUGGGAGCCCGUCUAAACGGUGAAGACGGGGAAAGCUUGAGCUGGAUUGAUGGAAGCGCUGUAGGAUUCCAGGGCUGGCCACCUUAUAAUGACACCGAGGAAAUAGAGGACGCGUGUUUGGGUAUACAGUGGAAGUCGUCACCAAUCCCGUCUCUACCUAGUGGCUUGUUUUGGACCUUACACAAGUGUGGGAUGACAGGCGGGUACGUGUGCAAGCGACGGCUCAACCCAGAGCACGUAGUCAAGAACAGAACGGUUGAAGGAACUUCAGGAGUGCUAACAAGUCCCAAUCAUCCUAACAUGUACGACAACGACCUUGACUUCUGGGUACACGUUGUAGGCCCUGAGGACACGCGCCUAGUUUUUGUUUUUCAGAGGAUUGAUUUGGAAUACCAAAAGGACUGUCUUUACGAUUUUGUAGAGCUGCGUGACCCAUGGAACAUGAAAUCUUCAAGAUACUGCGGCUCCGUCGGAGAAGCACGCUGGGUCGCCUCCACCAACAGAGCCGUGCUGUACUUCCAUUCUGAUUACAACACCCAAGGCUCAGGGUUCUCAGUAACAUGGCGAGCGGUGGAGCUGGUCGGCUGUCCAUCACAGACUAUAACGUCUAAAGAAGGAGUCCUAAAAAGUCCCAACUACCCUCAUUUUCUGCUGCCCAACCUGGAUUGCACCAUCGAUAUUCUGGCUCCUACAGGGAAACGAGUAUUCCUGAACAUCAGUUUCUUCGACUUUGGCUAUGGAGUAUUUGCAAAGGGCGUGCCUAUCAAUGUCACGGACUCGAUACCUGAGGACUCCUUCAUUGACGUCCAGAUCGACCUCCAGAACCCUCCCAUCAGGCCGUUCCUGAACCCCAACGUCCUCACCAAUGGCCUCUUCGUGUCCCAAUCCGAAAUACUGCGACUGAGGAUCAAAACUGGCGAGAAUGUCACCGGCCAAGGAUUUCUGGCGUAUUAUAAAACGAUAAGCUACCUGAACGCGUCGCACGUGUUGGAAGUACCGUCGGGUGUGGGCGGUCGGCUGGCGGCGCCCAACUGGCCGCAGCUGGCGCCCGCCCGCGCCGCACUGCGCACGCGCCUCGUGGCGCCGCACCAACACACGCUCACACUGGCGUUCACUGCCACCACACUCGUCGCUACUGGAGACGAUCCCUGGCCAUGUGGACUGGGCAGUGGGUGGAUACAGGUGAAAGACAGCUACACAGACAACAACGGUACAGAGUGGACUCUGUGCGAGGUGGACAGGAGUAAGAGGAAGCUGGAGCCGCGCGCGCCGCUCGUCAUCAACUCGUACCUACACUCACUCAGCGUCACGCAACACGCCGGGGACAGGGGCGUCAAUAUGGAUGUCUCGCUCAUGGUCAAUAAAGAUCCUGAAUACCACAGCAAAGUGCUGCUAAUAUCCGAGGAGACCAGCUUAGAGUCCUGCUACCCAAACCCUUGCUUACAUGAUGGAAGAUGUGCUACUGAUGAUGGAAGAAGUUUUUGCCAGUGUUCUGGAUACUAUGCUGGUUUGUUCUGCUUGGUGACGGCGUGUGAGAGGUCGCCGUGUCUGUACGGGAACUGUACGCUCGUGGCGGAGGGUGCGGGGAGCGCAGGUGGGGCGGGGGGUGUCGGGGGGGAGGGGUUCGUGUGCGCGUGUGCGCGCGGGUGGCGCGGGCGGCGCUGUGCGGAGCGCGUGCGCCCGUGUGCCUCGAAGCCCUGCAACAACCGCGGCGCAUGCACCGAGCGGGAUGGGGGGUUCCUCUGUCAGUGCAACCCCUCAUGGAAGGGCAAGAGAUGUGAGAUCCCAAACCCGUCCCCCAACAUCAUCAGCUUGGGCCAGCGCAUGCUCCAGGAGCCGUUCUGGCUCGGCCUCAUCACCGUGUUCGUGGUGCUGGGCAUGAUCGGCCUGGUGUGGUGCGCCAAGCGACACUUCCCCGAGAAGAUCGAGAAGCUGCUGGCCGAGGAGGCCGACCGCUGCGCUAGACCGGGCGUGCUGCAGGACGCGGCGCCGCACCGCACGCUGCUGACGCGGCUGGGUAUCCGCAAGCCGUCGGUGUCGGGGCUCGCGCCACACCCGCGAGCCGCGCGCACCUUUAGCUUGGACGAUCUGUUAAAGCCGCCGCCCGGACGAACACCGUCACCUCGUAAAAAACGUAACAAUUCCACUCCAACUAAGAAAAAUGCUGCUGAGAAAAAGCAAAUUUUGCAACAACUUAUAAGCCCCGCAACCACUAAUGACCAUUCAAAGAAGAUAACAAUGGGAGAUCUGAUACAGAUGUCUGAGAAGCGGACGCUGAGUACAGUAGAGAGCGCGCCCGCAUUCAUGGACUAUGGAAACGAAAACAAAGAGACUUCGUUUGCAAGUGAAGCUUCUACGCCGUCGACAUCGCCUUCCAUGCGGCACAUAUCAGAUCCUAAACUAGAAAAGAAAGUAACGUUUGCAAGACUACUGAACAAAGUAUCCGCGGAAAUGAGCUCCAGUUCCGACGUAGAUAUGGUGAACACUAUCACCAUUCCAAUGGCGGUGAUAGCAGACAGAGGAAUGAAAGCAAAAGCGUCGAGUACGCCGCCCUCGCCGGGAGUCGAAGUGCGGUCCCCGCACAGCACAUCCAGCAACCAGGGAAGUGAUUCAAUGUCGAGCCUGGACUUAACGUUGACACACACUGCAUUGAAGAAAUAUUCGAGACAGCCAAAAAUCUCAAGCGCUGACUCCAUACUGGCGAUGUUCCGAAACUUCUCAUCCUCAUCGGCAGCAAUAGUGUCACGAGCGUCGUCGGGAGGAGUCUCCGUGUCCAGUACACCAUCAGCUUCAUCCCCUCAGGAUGAUACAGUGGACGCGGACGACAUAUCCAUAGCAUCCUCACACAUACCCUCACUGGCGCCAGACUCGCCCGUCACCAGGCCGCAUAACACUAUCGAGAUCCAGGUUCUGGAUCCUCUAAGUGCACACAAAUCUUCAUCAUCAGGUAGCAACCUACUUCAUCCACCGUCCAUACUCCUAGAAGUACCGAGUGGGAUCAACAAAUGUUUGUCCCCGAUACGAGAGCUCCCUACACCACUACCCACACCCCUCCCCACACCAAUGCCCACGCCCCUACCGUCCCCUAGACUGCCGCGAGCUAGUAUCGAAAUGGAUGUUAAGAGCGAGUCUACAGCAACUGUCAUGUCACCCAGUGAAGAUGAGCUCGAUGAAAUUAAGUCUGAAACGAAGAGCGACAGACCAACUUCUGGUUUGCGAUUGAAGCUGCGACCAACACUGCUGAGCACGGACACAGCCACUACGACGCCGACACCGUCGACCCAUGUGACGUCCUCGGCGAGCCCGAGUUUGACCCACAGCCCGGCGUCCCCGCCCGGCACGCUGCCCGGCGUGCUGGCGGGCACGCUGCCGGCGCUGCGCGUGCCGGUGCUACAAGUGCAGCGCGCGUCGCCCGGCUCCCCACCGCCCCGGCGUACGCCCCCGCACUUAGAAUUCCAGCCACCGCCCCUCAUUACCGUCACCUACAACGCUAGCGAGGAGUCCGACGAACCCAUGUCCCCUAGACCGCCCCCACCCUCUGGCAACAUGUGCUACCUUAGUCCCUUCUCGAUGUCCGCGAGAGGAGAGCGAGCUCCUUCAGAAUCGAACUUAUCCUCGUCAGGGUACAGCUCUAUGGCGAGCCCUGGACCCUCGAGGUGCGGCUCUAGCAAUCCCUUGUGUCCUUCAGAAAUGGAAGACCCUGGCUCUGGUGGUGGCCCGUCCUGCUUUCAGUCCAGGAGACGACCGCUCAUGAAGACGAACUCCAGCCCUGCAGCUUCCAAUGACGACAGUAAGGAACGUAGGCGAGGCCGGUCUGACUCCGAGACAUUAUCCGACGACCCCCUGUUAGAGUCCAAUGACGAGGGCAUAGGGACAGACGAGAGAGUAGACGACGUACCCUCCAGCGCGAAAGAGAUGGAACUAGUCGCACUUAAAGAGACUUUAGAGAUUCCGCAAGCCACCCUGUGCUCUCCCAGCGGAGUGACCAAGUGUUCAAUAGUCAAAUGUGUUAGUGUCGAGAGAGGACUAGACGAGAAGGCUAGUUUGAGGCCUCCCACUUUGCUAACAGAAGGUAGUAGACCCCUGAGUCCCGUCAGUUCGAGGAGUGAGAGCCCGUUAAGUGAUAAAACUGGUUUGGGAAGGUUUUCUCCACAAUUUUACGGUAGGCAACUGCCGUUUACAGAUUCUGACGGGUUGUACGACUUUCCGAGUUCGGAAUGUGUGAAAGGUGCCAACAACAAGUUGGGCAGUAAUUGUCAGAAGAAGAGUGGCAGGAAGCGCGACCGACGGAACACGCGCACCGCCUCGCAUGACGUCACCGGCAACAACAAGCCCACGCUGCCGCACAUGCCGCACUCCAUGCACAACCUGCUGGAGGUGCCAGGCAGCCGUGACGGCGCGACACGGGGCCGCAAGGGUGGCAGACGACGGUCCCGGUCCCAGGCGCCGGCACCAGCGUCAUCAUCGUCGUCUGAGGACUCUGUGUCUAAUGCCAGCGUGGCGUCAGUGGCCUCUGCCCGGGAACUGAGGUUACCUGACAUGGACAUGCAGCCUUGUGAGCCGACGCGUUUGAGGAAACCGCUCAGGAGACAAAAAUGCCGUAGUUCUGAGGACACGUCGUCUAAAAUAUCUUCGAGUUUGGAUCUAACGGAGGACUCCAGGAAACCACCAAAGGUCAACAAAUUGCGGACGAUAAGCAAUCAGAUAAGAUUUCUCCGACGGCUAGAGCGCAGCUUGAAAAUGAAAGAAAGUUACCCAGCUCUUUCCGACGACGAAGGAGACGAGUCAUCGAGCGUCACUUCACCUCUACUGCAAGGUCGGAAGGACUUGGACUUAGGCCGACUUCCCAGCCACGCGAUAUCAGCUCCUCUACUUAGUGCAGUUAGACCCAAAAUUACUAGACAGAGACGUUACGAUAGGUCGUUAGUAAGUGAAGAUACAAGGACUUUAAAUACUGCCGCAGGUCAAGAUAAUUCUGACUGAAAUUAAACUGUUUGUGUUGGAAAAUAGUGCUAUUUCAUUUAACUUACAGUAACACGGUUUUGUAGGUACGGAUGUAUUUCAUGUUGUUGUUAUUUUGAAAAAUACUAUGGUCGCUACGGUAACUGUUAAAAUUCGUCAACCUUUUGGACAUUACGAAUUAUCUCCAUGUUCACGAAAUAUCAAAUCGACAUGAGUAUACAAGAUUCUAAUCUAAUGUGAUAUAUUAAACUAAGCGACACAAAUACUAGAACGUUAUUAAUUUGGAACUAGAUGUAAUGUUUAGGAGAUUGAACGUUUUAAUUUCCUUCAGUUCACUUUUGAUGUCUCAAAGUACUCGUAAUUUAGCUUCGUGUUGUAAAUAAUUUUCUCGAUAGCAAUAACUUAUUUGUACAAGAUUUUGUAGGAACAAAUAUUUUACUAUAAGUAAUCGUAGUGACGUACUGUAAUGUAGGACACGAGCCAUCGCUAUCAUUUCUCCUCCUUACCUUAAACUAAAUAGUUCUUUUAACAUAUAGUAUGUUUUACAAAAGGUUACUUUCGCUUUAUUUGUAGUUUCUGUUAAAUAUACUACGUAUAAAAUGCUUUUUGUAAAUAUAUUAAACGUAUUGCUCAAAUGCAUAUUUUGUGAAAUCGUUUUUUGCGCACUUUUUGCUGUUUUGUAAAUAUAAUACAUAAUAUGUAACUUAUUUAUUAUUGUAAAUAUCGGAUUCGAGAGAAAUCUUUUCGUUUUUCUUGACAAAAAAAUUACAUGUAAAAUGUUCUAGAUUGUAAGUAAAAAACAAAAUGAAAGGCCCAAAAAAAUCUGUAUACCAAUUGCACAAUUACUACUUAUAUACAAUUAUAUAUAUGGAUAUAAGCACUCAUAAUACGUUAAGCUAUGUAUCGAUACCUUGAAGUAAGUAUGUACUCGACGCACCAAUAGAAUAGUUGGUCCCAUGUUUGUCUGACAACGCCACACUAUGGCCUCCGUAGACUCCCUUCAUAGUCCUAUUGAAUAGUUCCCUGUUUCGUUGUUAAUGCAUAUUUGUUUUAAGUCACUAUAGAAGUUACCUGUAAUCAAUAGAUACCUAGUUUAGUUAGCUUUAACAUAAUGUAAAAGCUUAAGAAACGUUCCAUGUACCUAGGAGAUAGACGUCUAACUUUUAUUCGUUUACUUUGUCCUACUUAUAAUAUUAUGUAAAAUUAUUCUUGUUAUCGUUUGAGUCUCCACUCCUUUCGACACGCGUUUAACGUUAGAUGUUUUGUCUCAUUAAUUUAACACUAGAUUAGUGAACUACUUUAGAUGCUUAGAUACAGUUUCAGCAAUAAUUUUAUGUGAUUCGACUGUACAAAGACUGACAUUGUUUGUGCACUAACAAAACUUAAACAUCUGUGUUAUGUUUCAAUGUGUAUCGUAAUAAGCGUGUAUUUAAUGUAUACAGUUAUCUUUUAUACCUAAGUAAGUCACUGUCUAUGUGUUCGGUGUUUAUAAUUUUUAUUUAAAUGUUAUUUCAUAAGAAAAUAUCUAGAAGCGAGACAUAAUUCUAAAUGUCUUAUUUCGUAUAACUAACUGCAACAUCAGUUUCAUACAUUAAAUGGCCAUUUAUAAAAAAGUAAAUUUGAUCAAAUUAAUUCAGUCAAUAGUUAAUUAGUGAAUCGUUUAUGCGUCCUUUGUAUAAUAUUUCUAAACCUUUUGAACGACGCUCCUUAGCAUUUAUAAUCAAAUCCGUUUCACUGUUAUGAUGACGUUUAUUUUAAUUUUGAACCGUAGGACUUAUAAAAAGAUGCCAUAAUCGAAUAGAUUUAUUUAAAUCCAUAGAUAAAACGUUCAAAAGGUGCAAUCAGUAGAACAUUGUCCCGCCCUAACUACUUGUAUUCAAAGCCUAGAACGCGUCUAAAUGUAAAAUAGUAUAACUAAAAAUUAUGAAAAACAAUGGCCUGUUCAUUGAGACUGAUUUUCUAAAAACUUAACUCUUAAAACGUCGCUUAUUCGUUUCUCGCUCGAUCGAUGUGUGUAUGUGUUUCAUUUACUCUGUCUAUAGUUUUAUUACUUGAGAUCCUGAGAUCUUACGAGAUCUACGUUUCCGUGCCUUCGAGUCUGUGGAAAUUAUGUAGAUAAUGAACAUUUGGCCGACCUAGUUAGUAUCUACUCGGUAGUCUACGUCUACAGUUCUUCUAAUUGUUAAGAAAAGUCUCCGCGGCCAGUAGCUCGCUAUUAGAUUUUCACUAAAAACAUUCCAAUAUUUUAUAAAAUAUUUUUAUGAAAUGGUAACUUAAUUUCUUAUUCUCAAAGGGAUUAUAAUAAGUUGGUAUAAAUAGGAUUUUUGGAACGUCUGACCAACAGACACAAGUGAGACAUUGAAUUAAUAAACUACUUAUUAUGAAUUUACAUGUUAAUUUAAAAUUGUAAACAUUUUAAAGAUAAAGAAAUUUGCCUGUUGUUUAUUUAAACUACAUAAUAGCAAAUAUUAUUAAUAUUUAAUCAACAUAGAAGAUCAAAAUUAGUAUCAUCGUGAGAGCACCCAAUUAUUGUAAGCAAUACGUUACUAUAUAAAAUUAGAAUAUAAAAUAAUUGUAUAAUAAAGUUCUGUGAUUGAAAGCGUGCAGCUCAAGUGCGGUUUAGAUGUCGCCCUAUGGCAUUAAAAUAUUUAUUUAAAAUACUAUCGUUAUAAAACCGUUUUCUUAAAACUUUAAAUUUAUAAAUUCAAUUCAGUUAAAAAUAUUUAAUAAGGCAGAAUAGACAUUUUGCGGAAUUAUAGAAUUUUUUGUUUGACUGCAACAUAACAUGCAGUUUGAGUUGUUGUUGACAUUUAUUAUUGACAAGCAUUUAGGAAAAUGGUGGUCCUUAAAAAUAAAUACAAACGACAUAAUUCUCUAAAUACUAUAAAAAUAAAAUUUUGUAAGUGUCUUAUGAAUAAUACGGAAUGAUUUUCCUCAAGUGCACUGUUAGGUACUUUACAGUGAUAGUUUCUGUGGAUAGAUGUCAAAAGCUUAACGAGUUUUGUUACACAAUAAUAUAUUAUGGUUUAACAUGCAUUGGUCCUCAAAGAAAUACUUGUGUAGUUCAAUUCAUUAUAUUAAAUACAUUAUUUUUUUCCGAUCAAUAAAAGAGGGCUCAUAAAGUUGAUAUUGACGUCUAAAUUAAACCAAAGAUGAUAAAAACUAACAUUCCGAUAACAGUUUUUGAAAACAGUUUGUAAUUAAAUAUAUCUCUCUAAAAUUCUUGUUUAUACAUAUAUAAAUUAUUGCGGCAACUUGGUUUACUAAAAAACCGAAGUAUAAAUGUGUCUUGUUUAAAAUUAAAAAUUAAAUAACUUAUGACUUAAUUAAUUUAAUUGUAUCGUUCUCAAAUGAUUGAAGUGUUUGUAGCACUAAGCGAGUAAUGUACAUAUGUUUUACACCGUACGCGUAAAAUAAGGUGUAUAUUCAAUAUAAUAACGUUUUAUUCACAAUGUAAAAUAUAAAGGUAAAUAAAAUUUUGCUUGUUA